AUGAUUGCCUACAAAGUUUAUCAAGAGGAUGGCAUUAAUCCUCCUGUAGACGAAUAUGGAAGUGGGCCUGUCAACAUGGAGGUAGAUGAGGUGAGCUAUCCAUUAGGGGACAUUACAAACUACAGUAUCUGCACUGAUAAAAAGCCUGCUGAAAAAGAAAAGGUUACUCGCGACGUUGAGAUGAAGAAUGCCAAAAACAAGGACACAUCUACUCGAGCCCAUAAUGUUUAUACCGAUCAAUAUAAGGCCAGGUUCUUCAACUUCAUAUACAAUGACGAUAUGACCGCCGGCAAAGCUACUAAAGCUGCCAACAUACCUCGGUCUACUGCGUACCGAUGGUAUAAAGAUGACCAAGACAAAAUCAACAGGAGAAACGAUGAUGGCGAAGACACUCCUGGCUCAACUGAGACGAAGAAAGUUGGCCGAUCAAGGCUUCUCAACGAUGACCACAAGGAGCACCUGAAGAAAGAGUUUGUGGACAGCCCUUCUGCCACUAUAGAUCAGGCCAUGGAAAAUUUAAUUGGAGCUUUUCCUGGCUUAAAGAUCAGUAAGUCGUUGGUCCAUCAAUAUAUGGUCAAUAACUGUGCCUUGUCAUUCAAGAAGGCCCAUCUCCACUCAAAGCAAAGAAACUCCCCUGAAAGUAUCCAAAAUCGCUACGAAUGGGUUAAGAAAUGGGAGCAAACAGAUAUGGACUACAUGUCGAACUACGUCUUCCUUGAUGAAUCUGCUUUCCUUAUCAACCUGAAGCGAACAAUGGCUUGGUCUGAGAGGGGAACUCGUGCUGAGGUGGCUGUUCCUGUACUGAGGGCCAAAACCACAACUAUUCUCGGUGCAGUAAGUGUUUGGGGCAUUACCAAUGUUCAAGUAAGAAUACCAGGUGCCUCUGUUAAGAAAAGAAAGAUAGGCGGAGGCUCUGGCAAAGUAGGAUCUGGGGGGUACCGUAACAGGGCAUUGUUUCAAUUUUGUGGCUAA